AUGGCGCCCGUCCAUGGCUCCGGGAAGAUCACAGAGAUCAAGUUGAUGAACGGAUUCGGGUUUAUCGAGUACGAGGAUGCGAUGGAUGCUAGAGAUGUGGUUCCUGACGGUAGCGACUUCAAAGGCGAGCGACUUACAGUCCAGUUUGCGCGUGGACCACGCCGCAAAGAAAAUUUCCCUGGCCCCCCGGAUCGCCCUAACAUGCCUCGUCCCCGUCGUACGAUUUUUCGCAUGUUGGUUUCUGGUCUCCCGGAAACAAGCUGGCAGGACCUGAAAGAUUUUGCACGUCAAUCUGGUCUGGACGUUGUCUAUUCGGAGACUGGCCGCGAACAAGGAAGAGGGUUCGUUGAGUUCGAGACUGCAGCUGAUUUGAAAACUGCCAUCGAUAAGCUUGAUGGACGAGAGUUCAAGGGCUCCCGAGUGAGCUGUGUCGCCGAUAUUCAACCUCAUGACGACCGCAUUUUCCGUGAUCCAUAUCGGUCCCGCUCACCCCGCCGCAGUUAUCCUCCUAUCGAUGAGUAUGACAGGAGAUUUCCCGCGCCUCGCGGUUACAGCCCCCGCGCCCAUUACAGGGAACGCUCGCCUGUUCCGCUCCGCCGCGACUAUUAUGAACGUGAUGGCUACGGCCGUCGCACCCCUCCUCGACCUCGGAUUGAAGACUAUCCCCCUCGUCGUCCUUACGAUGACCCCUAUGAUGCCCGGCCUCCACCACCUCCUCGCCACUAUGAUGACCCAUACAUGGCACCGAGACCCUACGGACGUCCUCGGACACCCCCAAGAGGCGACUAUCCACCUUAUGACCGCCGUGGAUACUGGUAG